AUGGUUGGUCUGCGAGAUGGGCGCAGUGCUCUGACCAUGCUGCUGCUGCUUCUUCCGGUACUGGGAAGAUACGACCACGAGGUGAAUGAAGCCCUUGGCCGACGUUUGAGGUCAAGAGAGCUGCCAGAAGGACUGCGUUUGAAGGAGGAGCUGAACACCAGCCUUGCUUUGUACGUCUUUCCUACCUGGGACCUGUUCCUUGGCUUCAGCGACCGGCACAAGAACAUCCAGGGGAAGAUGAGCUUGACCUUCUUCUACUAUGCGGAGUCACUCAGGAUUGUUUCCGAUCCACAGCUCAUUGUCACUGUUGACAACUUCGGAGACGGAACACGGUACCUCCAAGGAAAAAUCAACCUCCUCGAUGCACAGGGGUAUGAGCUCUUCACAACCAGCAACAUUUACGUUGGGUCCUUCUCGCAGCAGCAGUCGAAUUUCGAUCAUCUCUGCUAUCCUUUCGAUAACAAGACCGUCAAGUUCGACAUCAGUAUUCAGGCACCUGGAAAUUACAUCUUCGAUCUUGCCCUUCUGUGCCCGGAGCCGCUGCUGGCAGAGAACACAAGCUACGGUGGAGAGGAGAUUGUUACCAAGUGCACCUACCCUGCAGAGGGCAUGUCCUUGGGCUUCGAGUGGGGCCAAUUCAUUUGCGAGGCGAAAGAAGCUCAGAAGAUCCAGUGCUCGAUGACCGGAGUCCGGGAAUGGUUCAGCAUCUUCAAGGGCUAUUUCUGGCCGUCCUUCACCUUCAGCGCAAUGGGCUUCAUCUCCUUCACACUAAGUGUGAAGAUGUCGAUGCCCAGAGUCGCGACUACGAUGCUUGCGCUGAUUUCCUUGACGAAUCUGCGGAAUGCCCUGGUCGAACUACUACCUGCCUCGGGCGAAACAAGUUGGAUGGAGGAGUACUUUCUGCUUGCUAUGACCUUCAUGCUUCUGAACUUGUGCGGACAUGCGAUCUCCUUUUACUUGGAUGCUCUCGGCAAGACGACUUUGCAGCAGAUGGCCAACAGGAUCAAUUUAUUUGGAAUGGUAUCUAUAGCAAACCUGGUCGUUUUAGCACGCCUACAUGAACGUAACUGUCCUCUCGUCGACCGCACUCUCAGCACAACUUUGGUGGUGCUCUCCAGUCUCAUUGUCAUCUUCGUAUUUGCCGCCAUUGCGUGGUGUUACCGGGAUUCUUUCCGAGAGGUGAGCCAGAUCAUCUCGCAGAGGAUGGCAACGCGUGUGGUGCCCGUUUACAAGGAGACGGAUGACAUCGGUGAUGACUCUGGGAAGGACGUCGACUAG